ACAGGGGUGCACAGCACAAGGAUGCAAGCCCCCUCUUCAGAGGCCACAAUGGAGAAGGACCUCAACUGCUACCAGGACGCAGCCAAGCCAGUGGCCGGUAACAGGUUGGGCGCUGAGGGGCCAGAGGCACAGCUGGACGAUUUUGUGGGUGCUCCCCCCGACUACAACGAGGAGGAGGAGGAGCAGAAGUAUUUCCGCCGCAAGCGCCUGGGGGUGGUGAAGAACGUGGUGGCUGCCAGCCUGGCCCUCACCCUCACCUAUGCUGUCUACCUGGGCCUCCUGCAGAUGCAGCUGAUCCUCCACUACGACGAGACUUACCGGGAGGUGAAGUACAGCAACAUCCAACUGGAGGACAUCGACCGCAAGGUCCUGAUGGGCAUCAACGUCACCCCGGUGGUGGCACUGCUCUACACACCCGUCCUCAUCCGGUUCUUGGGCACCAAGUGGGCCAUGUUCCUGGCAGUUGGCAUCUACGCCCUCUUCGUCUCCAGCAACUACUGGGAGCGCUACUACACGCUGGUGCCCUCCGCCGUGGCCAUCGGGGUGGCCAUCGUGCCGCUCUGGGCUUCCACGGGGAACUACAUCACGAGGAUGGCGCAGAAGUACUACGAGUACACCAGCUACAAAGAGGAGUACAUCCAGGAGCAGGAGCGAGCACCGCGAGGUGCCUUCAACACCUACAUCAUCAUCUUCCAGACUGUCUUCUAUGCCUGCUUCCAUCUGAGCUUCGUCUGUGCGCAGAUGCCCAUGCUCUUCUUCCUCAACAACUACCUCUACCACCACAACCACACACUCGCUGGGGUCAAGCACUGCGGUACCCUGAGCCACGGCACCUUAGCUGGCCUCAACAAGACAGUUCUUCAGAGCCUUCCUCGCAGCGUCAACCUCAUCAUCGUGGAGAGCGCCUUGAUGGCAGCUGCCUUCCUCGCCAUGCUGCUGGUGCUGGUGCUGUGUGGCUCAGCCUAUCGACCCACGGAGGAGAUCGACCUGCGCAGCAUCGGCUGGGGGAACAUCUUCCAGCUGCCCUUCAAGCACAUGAGAGACUAUCGCCUGCGCCACCUCCUCCCCUUCUUCAUCUACAGCGGCUUCGAGGUGCUCUUCGCCUGCACCGGCUUCACCUUGAACUACGGGGUGUGUGUCCUGGGGCUGGAGAAGUUGGCAGAUCUCCUCAUGGCCUACGGCUUCUCGGCUUCGGUGUGCUCCAGCCUGGCACUCUGCACCCUGCGCCUGCGCCGGCAGGUCCCACUGCUGGCUGGUGGCCUUGUCCACACUGCCCUCCUGGUGACCCUCUUCUGCUGGGCACCUGAACCCCAGCACCUCCUCCAGGCACCUCUGCUCUACACCAUCGCCGUGCUCUGGGGCAUGGGCAGUGCCCUCAACAAGACGGGCAUCAGCAUCCUCCUGGGCAUGCUGUAUGAGGACAAGGAGCGCCAAGACUUCAUCUUCACCAUCUACCACUGGUGGCAAGCUGUGGCCAUCUUCACCGUCUACCUGUGGUCGGGGCUCCCCAUGAAGGCCAAGCUCUCCAUCAUGCUGCUGACGCUGUGGGUGGCAGCGGGGUCCUACCUGCGGAUGGAGCACAAGCUGGGGCAGCACGUGGCCUACCGCCUGCCCCGCAUCCCUCGCCCGCACCACACCAUGCGUGGCUACCGCUACGUGGAGGAGGACAACUCGGACGAGCCCGGCUCGGAGGGUGAGGAAGCUGCCAACGGUGAUGAUCGACACCCAGCCGCCAGCAGGGACAAGCUGCCAAACGAUGACGAGGAACAUCUGGAUUAG